AUGUCAUUUUUAAGUAAUCCAUCGACAAAUCAUAUGAUAACAAAUUUAACGAAAAGAACAAAUGAAUUUCAAGCCAAAAUAGAUGCCAUACUAAAUAAAAUAAGCACAGAAAGUUUGCCAUUUCAAAAAAAGUCUUUUGUAUGUUGUGUCAAUUGCUUUGACACAUAUAAUACUGAUUUUGAGUCCAUAGGAAAAUGUGUUAAUAAUUGCCAAAAGGGGACAGAGCAUUUUGUUCAGGUUGUUCAGAAUGAAAUGCAAAAUUUGCAAAAUAAUUUACAAUCAUGCCAACAAUCAUGCUUUUAUAAAUAUUCACCAAAUUAUGCAAAGAGUAAUGCAAAUAUAGAUGGGCAAACUAUAGAAAAGGAAAUGGAAGGAUGCGUAGUAAAAUGCUUUGAUAAACAUGAACCUAUGUUACCAGAAAUAUCCAAUCGAUUGCAUAAAACCUUAAAAGAAGAAAUGAAAUAA